CCUCGAAUUGAGCGUUUCGCGGCGGCGGGUUACGAUGCGUGGCGCGUUGUAUCUUUAUUAUUAAUUAUUUGUUGUUGUUGUUUAUACUCUGUACCGUUUUAUUUCCCAUCGCUCGCGUGCGCGUCCGUCUGUGCGUUUGUGUGUGUGCGUGUGCCUAUGCGUUUUGCCCCCCCGCCCCCCUCCAAAAAAAACGCCUAUCCACUCCCCCACUCUGCCGAGAAAUCGAACCCCCCAAAAAGUAAAAAUUACUAAAAAAGGCAAACUACGAAACGCGAGUGUGUGCCAGUGUGUUGAAACCAAAAUACAAAAUAAAGCCUUGCAACAUGCGGCGGCAGAUGAAGUUUGUUCGGUUUCAGAUCAAAACAAAAUCAUAGGAUAUAUCUCUAUAUAUACAGUACCAGUCAAUCAAUCAAUAUCGUGUGCAUUCAAAUUCCACAUCGUGCCUCAAACUGCAAUUGCAAUUGCGCGCCCCCUCUCUAAAAAAAAUCGGAAACAGAAGUGCCAGUGACGUAAUACUCCCUAAAAAACCCUGAAGAAUCCCUCCCACAACCUGAUCCUCCUCGAUUGUGCAACAGAAACAAAGCCAAUUUCCGUACAUCAUUCCCGUGCAAUAUGCUGAGUGCCAUGAUUUGGCCAUGGCUGACAGUGCGUAGCAAAAGUAUUUACAUAACUGGCCAAACCAUUUUGUACAUCAAAGUGUUCAAGCUGAGGGCCUGAUUAAAACAUAUUGAAAAACAGAUGAACGUUUCCAAGGCAGCGACAGUUCGAAUCGAUGAGAAACAGAUUGCGCCUAAAUGUCUUCCGGAAUUAAUUGUCGUGAAAUUUUCGUAUUUUUGGAAAUUUUGAUUUGGAAUCAAGCAAAACAGAGAAAUCGACAAAACAAUGAGCAUAGCAACAACAAAAGUAGCAGCAGCAGCAACAACAAUAAAGAAACCAGCAGCAGCAGCAACAACAACAACAGCAACAAGCAACACAAUAAAAAUCACAGUAACCGAAGAAGCAGCAGCAGCAACACCGCAGUGAAAGUGAUAAAGCAGCAACAACAACAGCAGCAGCAGCAACAACAACCACUGCCCAAAGCAACCAAAAACAAAAACUACAAUAGCAAUAACAAUAGCAGCAACAGCAACAAUCUGCACAUACUGCAAAAGGGUUAAAGUUGGUCGUUCGAUU